CAUUACUAUUUAAUUUAGUUGGUUUAAUAUUUAUUCUUUCACUUUGUUGUGGUGUUGGUCUUGUUAUGUUUGCAAAAUAUUAUGCUUGUGAUCCACUAAAAACUGGAAUAAUAAAACAGACAGAUCAACUUUAUCCAUUAUUUGUUAUGGAAACAUUAAAACGAUUUAAAGGUUUACCAGGUAUUUUUCUUGCAUGUGUAUUUAGUGGUGCAUUAAGUACUUUAUCAUCGGGUUUGAAUAGUUUAGCAGCAGUUGUUCUUUCUGAUAUAAUAAAAUUUUUUUAUCGAAAAGAAAUGACUGAUAAACAAGAUGUUUGGUAUUCAAAAAUGUUAUCACUUGUCUUUGGUGUUGUUUGUAUAUUAAUAACUUAUCUUGUUUCAUUACUUGGUAAUCUUCUUCAAGCAGCUUUAUCUUUAUUUGGUGUUCUAGCUGGACCUAUAAGUGCUAUUUUUAUGAUUGGAUUUUUUCUUCCUUGGGUUAAUUCAAUGGGUGCAUUAGUUGCUUUAAUUGUAAGUGUAUUGGUUCAAAUAUGGAUUUUUUUUGGUUCACAAAUACUUCGACAUCAAAUGCGUUCAUUUCGUUUACCAACACGUAUUGAUGGUUGUUUGGAAGUAAAUGAAACUAUGAGUGCAUUAUUCAAUACUACAAUUUAUUCAUCAACAUGGAGUAAAACUACAACAAUGACAACUGUUAUACACAAAAUUGUCAAAAAAAAUCCAUUAGUUCGAUUUUAUGGUAUGAGUUAUUUUUGGUAUACAAUGUUUUCAAUCUUUACUGCAGUAAUUGUUAGUUUAGUAGUUAGUUAUUUUACAGGUUUUAGAAAACCAGAAGAUAUUGAUCCGAAAUUAAUGAUACCUGUAUUUGAUAUUCUUUUUCCAUUUUUACCUGAAAAAAUCUUAUCUAAAUUACGAUUUGGUGUUCGUUAUGAAACAGAUUCUAUUCAAAUAAAAGAAAAAGAUGAAGAACAAACACCACCAUAUGAAAUGGCGACGUUAUCAUCAAUUGAUCUAAAACAACGUCAAAUAACAAUAACAGAUCAAAGUUAUUCUAAUCCAACUUAUUUAAAUAAUGAAAAUAAUGAUAAACACUAG